AUGCUAAAAGUUCUGUUACCCCUAUUAAAAUUUAGCAAUAAUUGCAACACAAAUAUUUUCAAUCGUUCGGCCUAUUCUUCAUUAACGUUAUUAAAAAAAAAAAAAAAAAAUUUUCUGAAAGUACACAAAAUAGUUUUUACUACGAUGAAUGAGAAAAAAGAGCAUAUUCUCGAAGGGGAAAAGGGAAAACACUCGCAAGCGAAGGACAAGAAGAAGGAGGAGGAGGCGGAAGUGGACCCACGACUGUACUAUGAAAAUAGGUCUAAAUUUAUUCUAGAACAGAAGGCAAAAGGAAUAAACGCGUAUCCACAUAAGUUUGAAAGAACAAUUAGUAUUCCUGAUUAUAUAGAGAAAUAUAAAAAUUUAUCAGAUGGAGAACACUUAGAAGAUACAGUAUUAAAUCUAACAGGUAGAAUAAUGAGAGUAUCAGCAUCAGGCCAAAAAUUGCGUUUUUUUGAUUUAGUAGGAGAUGGGGAAAAAAUACAAGUUUUAGCAAAUUAUGCAUUUCAUGAUCAUACAAAAACAAAUUUUGCAGAAUGUUAUGAUAAGAUAAGAAGAGGUGAUAUUGUAGGUAUAGUAGGUUUCCCAGGUAAGAGUAAAAAAGGGGAAUUGAGUAUAUUUCCAAAAGAGACAAUUAUAUUAUCCCCUUGCUUACAUAUGUUACCUAUGAAAUAUGGAUUAAAAGAUACAGAAAUAAGGUAUAGGCAGAGAUAUUUAGAUUUAAUUAUUAAUGAAACAACUAGAAAUACAUUUAUAACAAGAACAAAAAUUAUAAAUUUUUUAAGAAAUUUUUUAAAUGAAAGAGGUUUUAUAGAAGUAGAAACACCAGUUAUGAGUAUAGUAGCAGGUGGAGCAAAUGCAAGACCAUUUAUUACGCAUCAUAAUGAUUUAGAUUUAAAUUUGUUUUUAAGAAUUGCUACUGAAUUACCAUUAAAAAUGUUAAUUAUUGGAGGAUUAGAUAGAGUAUAUGAAAUAGGAAAGGUAUUUAGAAAUGAAGGUAUUGACAAUACACAUAAUCCAGAAUUUACGUCAUGUGAGUUUUAUUGGGCUUAUGCAGAUUAUAAUGACUUAAUAAAAUGGUCUGAAGAUUUUUUAUCAGGUUUAGUUUAUCAUUUAUUUGGCAAGUAUAAGAUUUUAUAUAAUAAAGAUGGACCUGAUAAAGAUGCUAUUGAAAUUGACUUUACUCCACCAUAUCCUAAAGUUUCAAUAAUUGAAGAAUUAGAAAAAAUGACGAAUACAAAAUUGGAACAACCAUUUGAUUCAGUUCAAACUAUUGAAAAAAUGAUUAAUAUUAUUAAAAUUCAUAAAAUAGAAUUACCUAACCCACCAACUGCUGCAAAAUUAUUAGAUCAAUUAGCUUCUCAUUUUAUAGAAAAUAAAUAUACAGAUAGGCCUUUCUUUAUUAUUGAACAUCCACAAAUUAUGAGUCCAUUAGCCAAAUAUCAUAGAUCUAAACCAGGAUUAACAGAACGAUUAGAAAUGUUUAUAUGUGGGAAGGAAGUACUAAAUGCUUAUACAGAAUUAAAUGAUCCCUUUAAACAAAAGGAAUGUUUUUCAGCUCAACUAAAGGAUAGAGAGAUAGGGGAUACUGAAGCUUUUCAAUUUGAUGCUGCUUUUUGUACUUCCUUAGAAUAUGCCUUACCUCCAACAGGAGGAUUGGGUUUAGGAAUUGACAGAAUUACCAUGUUUUUAACGAAUAAAAAUUGCAUCAAGGAUGUAAUACUCUUCCCCACUAUGAGACCGGUCAACUAG